AUGGCAGUACCACAGAACACAGGAGUGGGACGUGUAUCCCACCUGUCUGAGGAGGGAGUCUUUGGAAGAAAUACACCACUGAAGAAUGUGUCUGAAUUGGUGGUACCACCCAAAUGACUACACUGCAGUGCUUGCAGCUCCUUAGCAAGCUUCAGCCGGCCAGCAGAAACAGAGACGUGGAUAGUCCUGAUUAGAAGGAGAUAGUGGACUUUCACAGAUGAAAUAAAGUGUGCAGCAUCAGUUGGAACAAUUGGGGCUUAUAAAUGUCCAAGUGCAGGUAAUGAAGCAUUUCCUGUGGUCUGCAUCAGUGCACAAGAUUAUGUUGUAGCAGUGAUUGGUAGUCUGGAAGACAAAGACAUUUUAUGCUUGAUUCAGAAUGACAUACAAGUAAUCAUAGCAAUAGAGACAGUGUGCAUUUUGAGCUGCAGCCAUCGUUUCCACAAGAGAUGCAUUGAGACCCAGCUAUUAAGACAUGGGAGUAAUGGUUUCAUGGAUCUUGCUACUAGGAAGGAGCUGGCCACGCACUGGCUGGGAAGAUCAACCUUGCCAAGGCCUGUGUUUGAAGAAGAGGUGAAUGCAACCAUCCUUGAACACUGA